AUGGCCUCUCUUUUGAAAUGGGCAAAGAACGCUGUGCGCAGAGCGCCAUCACCGCCUAUGCUCUUCCGAACGCCGGGGGUUGACGUUGUCGCUAGUGACCAAUGUCUUGAGGAAGAAAGCAACGAGCGCUUCAAAACCGGACGUUAUUAUCCGGUCAACAUUGGGGAUAUAUUUUCAUCUAAGUAUCAAGUCGUUGGAAAAUUGGGUUGGGGGGUUACUUCAACUGUUUGGCUAGCGCGUGACCUUCAAGCACAUCAACAUGUGACAUUAAAAAUCUAUGCUCGCAAUGAAAAUAUAGGAAACGAAUUCGGGAUCUAUGAGCAUUUAAUGAAGAUCAAAUCGAAAUCUCGGUAUCCUGGUUAUGAGUACAUACGAACGGCACUAGACACUUUUGUGAGCCCACGGCCUGGGGGCGACCACAACUGUCUUGUGCAAAAGCCAAUGUGGGAGAGCUGGAGUGAUCUCCUAUAUCGAAUCCCUAGCGCAAUGGACUACCUUCACACCGAAUGUAAAAUUGUUCACACAGAUAUUAAAGGGAAUAAUGUGCUCCAUAGUAUUAUUGACGAGACCCUUUUGACAGAUUUUACCACGGCUGAAAUGAAACAUCCGAGCCCUCGGAAAACUAUCGAUGGACUCCCGGUUUACGCGUCUAGGCGAUUUGGAGUUCCUAAGAUUCAUGGUGUCGCGGUACUUAGUGACUUUGGAUCGGCAGUUAAGGGUGAAGAAAGAAGGAAUCAUAAUGCUGGGCCGGAUAUUUAUAGAGCACCCGAGGUAAUGAUUAAAGCAGAUUGGAGCUAUCCGGUUGACGUCUGGAGCGUUGGUGUGAUGAUUUGGGAUUUAUUCGAGGGGAAACACAUGUUUCUAGGCCAAGAUCCCGAUGGCUCGGGCUACAAAACCAGAGCACAUUUAGCGGAGGUCAUUGGAUUCUUAGGGCCACCGCCGCUUGACCUUUUGAAAAGGGGACUUAGGAGCAGGGAAUGGUUUCAUGAGGAUGGGACGUGGAAAGCCGAGGUAGAGAGUCCACAAGGUACAAGCUUGGAAAACUCAGAGGAACGACUUGAGGGCGACAACAAGGUUAUGUUUAUGAAUUUCCUGCGGAGCAUGCUCUAG